AUGAUUUGUAUGGGAUGGUUAUCGUGUGAGAUCAGUGAUGAAGAAGAGGUAAGAAAAAUAAUUAUUUCCUGGGUUUUUGAGAAGUGCAAAAUCUCAAGUUUUGUUUUGGCUACAAUUAUAGAAAGGUCAGACAGAAAUUAUUUUUUUUGCAAACUUAUUUUUUUUGUGGUUGGAAAACAUGGAAUUUUUCUGAAAUUUGAAAAAAUUCACAGAUUUUUGAAACAUUUUUGAAUUUGUUUGUUUUUGAUCAGCUGAUUAUGACCCUUUGUUAUUCCCAAAAUUUCCAGAAAGCAUAAAUUUUCGGCGCAAAAAGCUUAGUUUUCCUAACUUCAAAUUUCGUGCAACGCAUUUGCUUGAAAACAGUUUCCUUUCCACCAACAUUUCGCUUCCGGGAGAAAAGAGAGAUACGGCCGAGAGGAUAGCAUUUUUGACUGGCGUCCAUGAGACCAGGGUUCGAAUCCUGUUGUCGGCGAAAUUUUUUUUAUUUUUGGCCACCGUUUCUCCAGGUGUGAUUUGCGUAUAUAGAAAUGAAAUACUGAGGGAAUCUAAAAUUUCAAAUCCCUCUUGAGUACUACUUUCCCUGGAUGAAAAAUAAGCCCUAUCGAUAUAAUAUAACCGGAAAAAUUGUAUGCACUUUUGCUCCAAUCUGAUAUCAUUUUGUUUUUUUUAAUUUCAUUUCAAUUCUCGAAUUUCUAGAAAAACGCCGGUUCCCUUUAAAUCUUGAAAAAUUUUUCCUCAAUUUCAAAACUCCCCCAGACCUCCGAAGUCAUAAAAAAAAUUUACAUCAUCUAUUUUCGAUUCAAAGUUCCACAGUUCAUUUUCUGCUUCUUUGUGAUAGUAUAAAACUAUCAAGUUGUAAACAUUUGAUUCCAGAACUGAUAAUUUUUCUUGUAUUGAUAACCCCAUUUCAUCAGCUCGGGAAACCCCCGCAAAAACUUGGAAAAGCCUCAAUUUUUCGUUGAUAUCAGAAAUUGCAAGAGGAAAAAUAUGAAAAUCACUCCACUUGAUGAAAAAAAAAUAACAGUAUUGGAUUAUCGGAUGAACACUCCCUCUUGGAUUUUGAAAAGAUUAUAAAAUGAUUUGAAAAUGAAAUGAGGAAAAAAAUUUUGUUUUUGAAAGCCUGGUUUACUUCUUCACUUUCAUUUUCUUUUUUUUCUAGGUUCCCUUUCAAAUUCUGAAAAUCAAAAUUUCAGCCAAAAAGUAAAUGAGUACUUUCUCCCUAAUCAAAAAAGUUCAACACGUGUUUACGCACUUUCAAAUGAUAAAAAUGAUUGUUUUUGUCAUUUGAGACAAAAACUUUUUCUUUUUUUUGGGGUCUUUAAACAAAAACAAGAAAAAAAAGAAUACUUCCGAAGGAAGUUUCAUUUUUUUUCUAUUUUUUUCACGAUCAAAAAUGCUUCCCAAUUGGGCACCUUUAUUCUGGAAAGUGAGUUAGUUAGGGGAGAUUUUAAGGAAACUUCUGAGGGCCAGAAACAUCGGACCAAUUUUUAAAAAUCGAAAAAAAAUUUGGCAAAAUUUGAAAAUAAAAAGUUUUAAAAUUCAGAAAAUCAUUCUGAAUUUUUGUUAGAAGUAGGAGAUGGGCUAACGCAAAUCUACAUCUAAAAAUCUUCUAAAAAUUCUAGAACAUGAGUUGAUUACCCUGCUCUUAGAAAUUGUGCCCUGAAGUCCGAACCGGCCCUAUUUUAAGGCCCCAAACUCCCCUAGCCCUAGAAACUUCCGAGAAAUAAAUCAAACGCAACUUUCAUUCAUUAUUUCCUUUCCUUUUUUUUGCAAAACCCAACCAUCUGAUAAAAAUUUCGACGAAAAAAAAACCCAUAUUUAUCUAAACUCCUCCCACCUCCCCUAUCAUCAUCAUCAAUAUAUAUUUUUUCAACCAAUUCAAAUCAAAAACACACACACACACACACUAACCAGUGAUAAUAAAUAAAUAAAUUCUUUUUUUUUUCUUUUCAAAAAUUUCAAGUUUUGUCUGCUUCACUUCUCUUACCAUUCAUUUAUUGUUUCAAAAUAGUUUUAUUUUGGCGGUCACAAUGGUAUCCCAUUUUUUUCGAAAUAUUUUCGAUUUCCAUUCAAAAUUCCUUUUCAGUCAAUUUUCUCAAUGGAUAGCUUAAAUGUGCCAACGAGUCCCGAAACUCAUUUGGUGGCUCACGGAGCACAAACAGAACUCUGGGAGGUGAUUCUCGUCGCGUCUUGUCCAAUUGUUUUCAUCGUUUUUCUUUGCCUAUGUGUUGUAUGUUUGGUUUUUCGAAGUUAUGAGAGACGUGAGUUUUUUUCUGGUUUUUUUUUAAUUUGCAUAAACUAUAUGUCGAUCGAAAAUUGAUCUCACUUUUCUAUGCUAUAAUAUAAUAUUGUCCGUUUGAAAAUGAGAUUCACCCCGCGAAAAAAUAAAUUUGAAUUUGAGAAAAUCUCUAAUUUCCCCCUACCCCCGCGAUGCGUGUGCGUUGCGGUCGCUUUCCCAUACAAAACCACCGUUGGCUGUUUGCCAGCGCACUCUCUCGCUGUCUGCGUUUCCUGCAGAAAAUUCAAAUUUAUUUUUUCGCGGGGUGAAUCUCAUUUCCAAACGGACAAUACGUUUCAAAACCUGUGCACAACAAAUUUCAUUGAUCAACUAUUUUCCAGCGUUGGCUCAAAAUGUUCAACGUAUCCGUCAUCACUCGCAAAUCGCUUCAAUUUUGCGCCAAUUACCACCACCGCCAAAAUAUGAUAUUGGUGAGUGGAGUGGUUUCCCCCUCACGACCAUACAAGGCUCCCGUUGAGUCAGACGCGAGAUGACGAGAGUAUUUUGCAAAAAUAUCUCGAAAAUGAAUUUCGCUUCGAGAUAUUUUCAAUAAAACAUGUGUUCCUUGAAACAAAAUACGGUAUUUUUUCAAAGGGACACAUAUUUUCUCAACAAUAUCUCGAAGCGAUGUCUAUCUCUGUCUUAGAUGACGUCAUCAGACUCCCGUCGUCUCUCGUCUGACCCGAGGGGCAAUUUUCUAUUGGAGUAAAUGGUCGUAGCCCUAAAAAUGGGUUCGGGGAAGCCCUUUUCAAAGAAACUGAAUAUACUGAUAAGAAAUGAACUUUAUUUUUUCUAGCCGUCACUUCAGUCGAUGCUCCACCUCCAGUUUACACUGAUAUCGGAAAGGAUAUCAAUACACCUUUGCGAACCACACCGAAUGGUGCGAGACCUAUGAUGCACGGCCGCCAAUUUCAGAAUAUGCACCAUUUGACAACACCCACUGUUCAACCAUUGAACAUUCAAUAUUUGUAUCCACCAAAAUACGAGGAGACACCCAGUAAAGUUGAACAUGUUGUUGUUGAGAUUGAUGGUCGAGCUACAUCUUCUUCUUAA